UCCACGGGACGGUGCGUAAAGGCUCAGCCGCGCCGCAAUACACGCUUGGACACCGCGGACCGCGCGCGCUCUAACUUUGGAUAAACUUUUUUUUUCUUGGUGUUUUACGCAUCUCCCGGGAGCGAGGGACGACUUCUUUUUUUUGCCUUUCAAGGGAUUUUUUUUGUCAGAUUCCGUCCUGGAAAUGCUCUUUUGAGGAGUUGGAGGUAAAAAACUUCUCCUGGGCUGCAGGAAUCAUUCUCUCUCCGUCCAGAGGAUAUUGUUGGAUUGAACCGGGGCGCUGCGCUGCGCCGCGCAGGAGGAGAGAAUAACGCUCCUGGAGACUCUUUGGCACACGAGAAGUGUGGAGAGGAGAAAGAGAAAGAGCUGCUGCUGCUGCUGCGUUCCCCACUGGGUUGACUCUUUCUCUGCACUUUUCUGUUUGUUUUUUUUUGCACAAUGCUUUAGUGACUCGCACGACCUCGCUGACGUUGCAUGCACCAUCGGCAUGGACUCUGUCUGAGAACGGUGCACGACGCGCUCGCUGACCAUGGCGCUCGCGGGCACUAGGGGUUCCACGGGCCGGUUCCACUUGGUUCUGCUGCUGCUGCUGCUGCUGCUGUGGAGCCUGGCGCGGCGCGCCACCUCCAGCCAAGUGCGCCAGGAGUUCCAGGUGCCGGAGGAGCAGCCCGUCGGCACCUACGUGGGCACGAUAGAGACCAGGCCCAGCUUCGCGUACCGCUUCAGCGAGGGCCACAAACUUUUCGCCAUCAACGGCACCACGGGGGUCAUCUGCACCUCGGCGGUGAUCGACAGGGAGCUGCUGCAGAGCGACGUGGUCAACGUGGUGGUGCUGUCCAGCCAGCCCACCUACCCCACCGAGGUGCGCAUCGUGGUGCUGGACAUCAACGACAACUCGCCGGUGUUCCCCGACGCGUCCAUCGUGGUGUCCUUCAAGGAGGACGCGAGCAGCGGCAGGCAGGUGAUCCUGGACACCGCCACGGAUUCGGACAUCGGCAGCAACGGCGUCGACCACACCACGUACAGGAUCGUGGGGGGCAACGAGCAGAGGAAGUUCCGCCUGGAUAUCACAGUCAACCCCAGCGGGGAGGGCGCGUUCCUGCACCUCGUCUCCACCGGGGGCCUGGACAGGGAGGUGACGCCCUCCUACCAGCUCCUGGUGGAAGUGGAGGACAAAGGGGACCCCAAGAAGUUCGGCUACCUGCAGGUGAACGUCACCAUCCAGGACAUCAACGACAACCCGCCUGCGUUCGAGCAGGAUCAGUACCAGGCCAGUGUGUUCGAGGACGCGGCGGUCGGGUCCAGUGUCCUCCAGAUCACGGCAUCCGACCAGGAUGAGGGAGCCAACGCUGAGGUCAGGUACUUUUUAGAUGAGGGGACGCCUUUCCAGAUUGACCCCAAAGUUGGUACUAUCACCAUAAAAGAUGUGCUGGAUUAUGAGAGCAAGAGGGAGUAUUCUCUGACCAUACACGCCGUAGACAAUGGGGUGCCCUCCCUGUCCGGCAGAACAGAAGCCACAAUAAAACUCAUAGAUGUGAAUGACAAUGACCCGGUGGUGAAGUUCAGGUACUUCCCAACCACUUCUAAGUUCGCCUCAGUGGAUGAAAAUGCACAGAUCGGCACCGUCGUGGCCUUGCUCACCGUGUCCGACGCCGACUCGCCCACAGCUAAUGGCAACAUAUCCGUGUCGAUCCUGGGAGGCAACGAGCAGAGGCACUUUGAGGUGCACACGUCCUCGGUGCCCAACUUGAGUCUGAUCAAAGUGGCCAGCGUCCUGGACAGGGAGAGGAUUUCCUCGUACAACCUGACCGUGUCGGUGUCGGACAAUGGCCGGCCCGUGGCCCGCUCCUCCUUCGCCAGCCUGGUGAUCUUUGUGAACGACAUCAAUGAUCACCCACCCAUAUUCCAGGAAACGCUGUACAGAGUGGAUAUCAGCGAGGACGUACCGAAAGGCAGCUACAUCAGAGGGGUCUCGGCAACAGAUGGCGACUCCGGGCAGAACGCCAACCUGCGCUACUCCCUGGUGUCUGGAAACGCUUUGGGCUGGUUCUCCAUCAGUGAGAACAGCGGUCUGGUUACCAGCGCAGCUCUGCUGGAUCGGGAAAUAGCAUCUGAAAUUGUGCUCAACAUUAGUGCCAAAGACCAGGGGCUGCAGCCCAAGAUCUCCUACACGAGACUGAUCAUCAACGUCACGGACGUGAACGACCAAGUGCCCACGUUCGCGCAGGGCACGUAUCACGUUUCCCUGGUGGAGCACGCUCCCGCCGGCACGGAGCUGGCGCUGCUGUCCGCCUCCGAUGACGACCUGGGGGCCAACGGCACCGUCCGGUUCUCGUUCGACGCGGAGACCGCGGCCGGCGUCCAGGAGCUGUUUCGCCUGGACGCCGCGUCGGGGCGAUUAAGCACAGCCGCCGAGCUGGACAGGGAGGAUCAGGCCUCCUACUUGCUCCACGUCCGGGCAGCAGACGCAGGCAGCCCCCCUUUGCACUCUGUCGGAAAAGUCAACAUCACCCUGAGGGAUAUCAAUGACAAUAGGCCAGUCUUCUACCCGGUGCAGUACUUUGCCAAUGUGAAAGAGAACGAGCCCUCGGGCUCUUAUGUAACCACCGUUUCGGCCACAGAUCCCGAUUUGGGUCGAAAUGGCACAGUCAAGUAUAUAAUUACGGCCGGGGACGCUUCCAAAUUCCGCAUUAAUAGCAACACGGGGAAAAUCACCACUCUAGUGCCCCUGGAUAGAGAGGAGAAAACCGCCUACCAGCUGCAGGUGACGGCAGCGGAUGGCAGCGGCCUGCGCUCGCACACGCAGGCCAUCGUGACCGUGACCGUCAUAGACACGCAGGACAACCCGCCAGUCUUCAGCCAGACGGUCUACAGCUUUGUCAUGUUUGAGAAUGUGGCCAUCGGGACGGUUAUAGGGACAGUGUCGGCCACCACUGUGGAUCUGAACACAAAUAUCUCCUAUCUGAUCACGUCGGGGGACCAGAGGGGGCUGUUCUCUGUGAACGGCGCGGGCCAGAUCACAGCGUCGAGCCAGAUAGACAGAGAGGAGCAGGGGUUCUAUCAGCUGAAGGUUGUGGCCAGAGCCGGGGAGAUCACAGGCGAGGCGUUUGUGAACAUCACCGUGAAGGAUUUAAAUGACAAUGCUCCUCGUUUCAUUCACGCCGUGGAGCACGUGAGCGCGGUGGAGAACUGGGGCACGGGUCACGUCAUAUUCCAGGCCAGAGCUGAAGACCCCGACGAGGGCAUGAAUGGCAUGGUGGUCUACAGCCUCAGACAAAACCCCAAGAGCCUGUUUCAUAUUCAUGAGAAGCGCGGCCUCAUCACACUGACGGGGCCCCUGGAGGUCACCACCAGCUCCUACGAGGUGGAGGUCACUGCGUCGGACACGGGGGUGCCGCAGCACACCUCGGGCCUCGUCCUCAUCGUCAGCGUCUACGACGUGAACGACAACUCGCCGGUGUUCGACCAGCUCUCGUACGAGGUCAUCAUCCUGGAGGCGGAGCCCGUCAACAGCCGCUUCUUCAAAGUGGAGGCCACCGACAAAGACUCCGGCCUCAACGGGGAGAUCAUGUACGACAUCACCGGCGGCAACACGGGCGACGUUUUUGGCAUUUUUCCCGACGGACAGUUGUACAUCAAGGCAGAGCUGGACAGGGAGCUACAGGACAGAUACAACUUGGUGGUCGUGGCCAAAGACAGAGCCGUGGAACCGCUGAGCGCCAGCGUCAACGUCAGUGUGAUUCUAGACGACGUGAACGACAACCGGCCGCUUUUCAACAGCACCAAUUAUGUGUUUCACUUUGAGGAAGAGCAGGAGAGGGGGUCGCUGGUGGGGCGGGUGUUCGCUGAGGAUAAGGACUUUGGCCCCAACAGCGAGGUCAGAUACACGUUUGAGACUGCGCAGCCCAACUUUGAGCUGAACGCCAUCACGGGGGAGUUGACCAGCACGCUGCAGUUGGACCGCGAGUCGCUCAUGAGACAAAGAGGCGCCGCCGUGUUCAGCUUCGUGGUCGUCUCGUCUGACCAGGGUCUCCCCAAGCCCCUCAGAGACCAGGCCAAAGUGCAGGUUUACGUCCAAGACAUCAACGACAACCCGCCCAAGUUCACCAAAGACAUUUACCAGGCCUCCGUCUCCGAGUCGGCUCAGAACAUGACACAGUUGCUCCGAGUCUCCGCCUCCGAUGUGGAUGAGAACAGAAACGGGCUGGUGCGCUAUCAGGUCACCGAGGGCAACGAGGAGGGACAGUUCUCUAUCGACAGCAGCUCUGGACAGGUUACGUUGGUCGGAAAGCUGGACUAUGAAUCUACAUUUUCCUAUUCUUUGAAAAUCCUAGCUGUUGAUGCCGGAGCCGUGCCCCUCUCCUCCUCCUGCAUGCUGAGCAUCAGCAUCCUGGACGAGAACGACAACUCCCCCUCCUUCCCCAAGUCCUCUCUGUCUGUGGACGUCUUGGAGAACAUGAGGAUAGGAGAGCUGGUGGCGUCUGUGACCGCCACCGAUGCAGAUUCGGGUCAAAACGCCGAUAUAACGUACACCAUCACGGCCACAAACAACCACGGCACGUUCAGCAUCAGCCCCAACACCGGCAGCAUCUUUCUGGUGAAAAGGCUGGACUAUGAAACGCAGUCAUUUUACAAGCUCAACAUCACCGCGAAGGACAAUGGCAGACCGCCGCGCUCUUCGUCCAUCCCUGUGGUGAUUCACGUCAGGGACUUUAACGACAACCCCCCCAUAUUCACCCCGGGUGACAUUUUCAAAUCCAUCCCGGAGAAUCUGCCCAUCUCGGCCUCGGUCAUGACGAUUACGGCACACGACACGGACGCGGACAUCAACGGGCUGCUGGAGUACUCCAUCAUUCAGCAGAUUCCCCGGGGAAGCUUCUUCAACAUCGACCCCGGCACCGGGCUCAUAUAUACCAACAAGGAAAUCGACAGGGAAUUCUCCAACCUGUUCGAGCUGACGGUCAAAGCCACGGACCAGGCGGUUCCGGCUGAAUUCCGCCGCUACGCCCUGAAAAAUGUCACCAUAUGGGUCACGGAUCUGAACGACAACGUCCCCUCGUUUGUGUCGCAGAACGCCCUCGUGGCUGAGCCCAACAUAGUCAUCGGCUCCAUCCUGACAACAGUGGUGGCCUUUGACCCCGACGAGGGGGCGAACGGGGAAGUGGAGUACGAGCUCGUGGAAGGGGACUCGGACACGUUCAUCAUGGACAGGUACAGCGGGGAUAUUCGCCUGGCCUCCCAGCUGGUGCCGUCCCGCCUCGUGUACACCCUCACGGUGUCGGCCACUGACCACGGCACGGACCGCAAGACCUCCAGAACUGAGAUGGCCAUCAUCCUGCAAGGGAUGGAUGGGCCCGUCUUCUCGCAGCCCAAAUACAUCACCAUCCUCAAAGAGGGCCAGCCGCCGGGCACCAACGUCAUCUCGCUCGACGCCUCCAGCCCGCGGGGCUCUGCGACCAAAGUGGAGUAUUUCAUCGUGGCGGUGCGCAGCGGCGGGAAAGCCGUGGGGCGCCUUUUCACCAUCGGCCGCAACACUGGAGUGAUACAGACGGCCGCGGAGCUGGACCGGGAGAAAGGCUCCGACCUCUACCUGGUGGAUGUGUACGCCAUCGAGACGGACGCCAGCCAGCCCAGAACACAGCGUGCCGAGGUGGAGAUCACGCUGCAGGACGUCAACGACAACCCGCCCGUUUUCCCCAAUGAUAUUCUCGACGUGACCAUUGAGGAGAACGUUGCAGAUGGCUUCAAGAUAAUGCAGCUAACAGCCACGGACGCAGACGAGGGUCCCAAUGCCCUCGUGACGUACACCAUCAUCAGCGGGGCGGACGACAGUUUCCGCAUUGACCCGGAGUCCGGCGACCUGAUCGCCACCAAGAAGCUGGACCGGGAGCGCCGCUCCAAAUAUUCCCUCCUGGUGCGCGCCGACGACGGGAAGCAGUCGUCCGACAUGAGGCUGAACAUCACCGUCAAGGACAUCAACGACCACGCGCCCAAGUUCUCCCGCUCGACGUACUCGUUUGACAUUCCCGAGGACAUGGCGCCAGGCUCCAUCGUGGCGGCGAUCCUGGCCAGCGACUCCGACUCUGGGGUGAACGGCGAGGUCACCUACUCGCUGGAGGAGGACGACGAGGACGAGACGUUCCUGCUGAACCCGGUGACGGGGGUUUUCAACGUGACGCGCCCGCUGGACUACGAGACCCAGCAGUACUACAUCCUGACGGCGAGGGCCCGGGACGGCGGCGGGCAGGCCAGCGCGGUCCGAGUGUACUUCAACGUGCUGGACGUGAACGACAACCCGCCCGUCUUCAACACCAGCGCGUACAGCACGUCCGUCUCGGAGAGUCUGCCGCCGGGAUCGAGCAUCAUCACUGUCGGGGCCAGCGACGCCGACGAUGGCCCAAAUGCUCAGCUCCUCUACAAAAUUGCCUCCGGCGAUCCCCAGGCUCAUUUUGUCAUCACCAAGGAAGGAGUCCUCCAAACCAAGAGGGCCCUGGACAGGGAAACCCAGUCCUUCUACAACCUGGUGAUCACAGUCAACGACCUGGCUCCGCCGCCCAUGGCCCGCUUCACCAGCACCGCCCAGGUGUCCGUCAUCCUCCUGGACGUCAACGACUGCCCGCCGACCUUCACCUCCCAGAAGAUGACCUACAUCCAGGAGAACACGCCCGUGGACACGGUGGUGUUCACCGCCCUGGCGGCGGACGCCGACAGUGGGCCCAACAGCUAUGUCGAGUACUCCCUCAGAGGACCCCACGGCAACAAGUUCAGCAUCGGCACGGUCGACGGCGACGUCAGGCUGUUCGGGGAACUCGACCGGGAGGAGCUCUCCAACUACACCCUCACAGUCGUGGCAACGGACAAAGGAGAGCCCCGCCUGUCUUCGACCAUGGAUGUGACCAUGAUGGUUCUGGACGUCAACGACAACACGCCGAGCUUCUCGCAGAACAUCUACGACAUCGAGAUCGAGGAGAACACCCUGACCGGGACGGACGUCAUCCAGGUGUUCGCCAGCGACGCGGACGAGGGCACCAACGGGCAGAUCCGGUUUUCCAUCUCGGGGGGCAACAGCAACUCUGAUUUCAGGAUCGAUUCGGUCACGGGGGUGAUCUCGGUGGCCAAGCAGCUGGACCGCGAGGCGCGCCCUUCGUACUCACUCGUGGUCCAAGCCGCGGACCGCGGCAGCAGCCCCAGGGUGGACCGCGCCACGGUCAACAUCGUGCUGCUGGACGCCAACGACUGCUCACCGGCGUUCGAGCUCUCGCCUUACACCGUCAACGUGCAGGAGAACCUGGAGAGCCUGCCGAAGAACAUUCUGCAGGUCGUCGCCAGAGACGACGACCAAGGUGCCAACAGUCAGCUGAGCUACAUGCUGAGCGGCGGCAACGACGAGGGCGCGUUCAGCCUGUCGUCCAGCGGCCAGCUGAGCCUGACCCGGACUCUGGACCGCGAGGCUCGGGGGAAAUACGUCCUGCUGGUCACGGCCACCGACUCAGGUUCUCCACCUCUGAGCGGAACCGGGACCGUGACGGUGCUGGUGGACGACGAGAACGACAACGUCCCCGUGUUCCCCUCCUCCGCCUUCCACACCACCAUCACGGAGGACGCCCCGACCGGCACCGACGUGCUGCUGGUCAACAGCUCGGACGCAGACGUGGGCGUCAACGGCGUCGUGAGCUACAGUCUGACUGGAGGACACGGCCAGUUCUCCAUCAACCCCGCGACUGGACAGAUAAUUACCAGCUCCCUGCUGGACCGGGAGGACAGGGCUAAUUACCAGCUGCUGGUCGUGGCCACCGACGGCGGGCAGCCCGAGGGCCUGUCCAGCUCCGCCACCGUGUCCGUGACGGUGACGGAUAUCAACGAUAACCCGCCGCGCUUCCACCACCACCCCUACGUCACCCACAUCCCGGCGUCUACUGCAACAGGGUCCCUGGUCUUUGCCGUCACCGUCACCGAUGAGGACUCGGGUUCCAACGCCCAGCUGCACUACUCCCUGAUGGGCCGCAACUCCGAGAAGUUCAAGAUCGACCCCGUCAGAGGCGCCAUCACCGCCAACGAGAAGCUCACGGGGAGCUCAGAGGUGACCCUCACGGUUCGAGUGAAAGACGGCGGAGCCAAUCCCAAGACGGACAUGACCACCGUGACCGUCCGCUUUGUCACCGGAGGAAACUUCCCCGUCAUCAAGGUGAAGGAGCGGGCGUUCACGUUCCCCGAGAGCCAGCCGACGAACCACGUCGUCACGACGGUGACGGGGUCCUCGAUGAGGGGCGGGCCGCUGUCAUAUUACAUCGCCAGCGGCAACCUGGAUUAUGCUUUUCACAUCGACCAGCUGUCGGGCGAGCUGUCAAUCAGACACUCACUGGAUUAUGAGCACAUUCAGAAGUACGUUCUCUGGGUCGAGGCCAGAGAUCAGGGCUUCCCGCCUUAUUCCUCUUACGAAAAAGUGGAAAUAAAUGUGCUGGACGUGAACGAUAACCACCCUGUGUUUGAUAAGGAUCCGUUCCAUGCUGAAAUACUGGAGAACCUUUCGCCUCAGCGGUUGCUGAUGGUCUCCGCCGUUGACCUGGACAGCGGGCCCAAUGGACAGCUGGAAUACGGCAUCAUCGACGGCAACAAGGAGAAUAGUUUCAACAUCAACCGGGCGACUGGCGAAAUACGAACCACCAGGCCGCUGGAUAGGGAGAAGGUGGCUCAGUACGCUUUGAAGGUCAAGGCCACUGACCGGGGGCUGCCGCCCAAAAACACGGCCGUCAAAGUGCUCAUCAGUGUCCUGGAUGUGAACGACAAUGCCCCCAGGUUUUCCAAAAUCUUCAGCGCGACGGUGGCUGAAAAUGCCCCGGUGGGUUACACUGUCACCAGGGUCACCACCACGGAUGAGGACGCAGGUUCAAACGCCAUCAGCCGAUAUUCGAUCACAGACACGAGCCUGCCGUUCAACAUCAACCCGAGCACGGGAGACAUAACGAUAAGCAGGCUGCUCAACAGAGAGGACACGGAUCAUUACAUCGUCAAGGUGUCCGCGCACGACUCCGGUUGGACGGUGAGCACAGACGUCACCGUGUUCAUCACGGAUGUCAACGAUAACGCCCCGAGAUUUAGCCGCCCCUCUUACUACCUGGACUACCCCGAGCUCACGGAGGUGGGCUCCCUGGUCACGCGGGUGUCUGCCACGGAUCCCGACGAGGGUUUCAACGGCAGGAUCUUCUAUUUCAUCCGCUCCCAGUCGGAGUAUUUUAGAAUUAACGCCAGCUCUGGAGAGAUAUUUGUGAAGCUGCAGUUGAAGUAUCAGAACUCGACAGGCGCCAGCAGCAUAAAUAUAAAUCGCCACAGCUUCAUUGUCACAGCCUCUGACCGGGCGGUCAAGCCUCUGCUGAGCGAGACAACGGUAAUUGUCAACAUCGUAGACAGUAAUGACAAUCCUCCUGAGUUCGAUUCACCCGGCUACUUCACUCCCGUCACCAAAAGUGUCAAGGUCGGCACCAGACUGAUCAGGGUCGGAGCCCAGGACAAAAAAGACUUUGGCCUUAAUUCUGAGGUGGAAUACUCGAUAACGGGCGGAAACAGCUCUAACAAAUUCAAGCUCGAUAAAACGAGCGGAUGGAUCACCGUUGCCUCCUCUCUUCUGUCUGAUAUGAAGAAAAUGUUCCUCAUCGACGUCACGGCGAGUGACAGAGGAAAUCCUCCUCUGUCGACGCGGACGUCCGUGCGAAUCGCCGUCACAGAGGAAAACCACCACACGCCCGAGUUCUCACAAAGCCAAAUCUCUGCCACUGUACCAGAAAGCCUUGCUGUGGGAACGGCAAUACGGACUGUGUCCGCCAGAGACAAGGAUAAAGAAAUGAAUGGCCUUAUCACGUACAAUAUUACAUCAGGCAACGACAAGGGUCUCUUUUCACUCAACAGCAAAACUGGAGUGUUGUCCCUAGCUCAGCCUCUGGACUUUGAGGAGAAGCAACAGCACGAGCUCAGAGUUUCAGCCACUGACGGCGGCUGGAUCACGAAAGCCAGUUACGUCUCCGUCACAGUGCACGUGACCGACGUGAACGACAACCCCCCUGUGUUUGACCCGGACGAGUACUUCCCCACUGUGCAGGAGAACGUUCCCAGCGCCACCACGGUGGUCAAAAUGAAUGCCACGGACCGUGACGCGGGAGCCAACGCGGUCAUGGCUUAUGUGAUACAGUCGUCAGACAGUGACCUCUUUGUUAUUGACCCAAACUCUGGCACCAUCACCACCCAGGGCUUCUUGGAUUACGAGGCUAAGCAGGUCUACCAUUUAACAGUGAAGGCCUUCAAUGUCCCAGACGAGGAACGCUGCAGCUUCGCCAACGUCAACAUUCAGCUCAAGGGAGCCAAUGAAUACGUACCCCGCUUUGUCUCCAAACAGUACUACUUUGAAAUCUCUGAAGCCGCUCCAAGAGGCGCAGUGGUCGGGGAGGUGUUCGCCAGCGAUCGAGACCAAGGAUACGAUGGAGUGGUUUACUACCUCAUUUUCGGGAAGAGCAGAAAGAAAGGCUUUGGCAUCAAUAGGAAAACAGGUCAAAUUUAUGUCACAGGUACUCUAGACCGUGAGAAAGAGGAAAAGAUUUCACUCAAGGUGUUGGCCAAGAACGCGGGGAGCAUCAGAGGAGCAGACAUUGAUGAAGUGUUUGUGAAUAUCACGAUUCUCGACGCCAACGACCCUCCCGUUUUUACCCAAGAACUGUAUGACGUGCAGGUCAGUGAAGGUCUCUCAGCAGGCGGUCUGGUUACCUUUGUGAGCGCAGAUGACUCCGACUCCGUCCCGAGCUGGAGCAGAUUUUCUUACUCCAUUUCUCCUGACUUUGACAAAAAUGUUUUCACUAUCAAUUCCAAAACUGGCCAAGUGUCUGUGGCGACGGAGCUGGACAGAGAAACAACUCCCACGUACAAUCUGACCAUUCUAGCCGUGGAUACUGGCACACCCCCUGCAACUGGAAGCGCCACCCUCAUUGUGAACCUGGAAGAUAUCAACGACAACGGUCCAACUUUGACGUCCGCGUACGCCGAGGUCAUGGAGAACCAGAGAGCCGGCACUGCAGUUACAACCCUGACAGCCUCUGACCCAGAUCUUCCACCCAACCAAGGCCCUUUCUUAUACAGCCUCCUCAGCUCCGGCUCUGCCAAUAGCUACUUCAGCCUCAGUCCAGCCGGAGUGUUGACCACCAGCCGAGAGAUCGACAGAGAACAGAUUAGCGACUUCUACCUUUAUGUUGUAAUCAAGGAUUCCGGUGUGCCUCAGAUGUCAUCCACAGCGACAGUCCACGUGAAAAUAAAUGAUCAGAACGACAACCCGUCAGAGCCCAGGUCCAUGGAGAUCUUUGUCCACUACUUUGGGAACAUGUUUCCAGGAGGUUCUUUGGGAGACGUCAAACCCGAAGACCCCGACAUCCAAGACAGGUUCCACUGUUCCCUUAUUCCUCCUUCCUCCGGUCUGUUCACUAUCCCGACCGGAACGUGCAACCUCAACUCGAAAGCCCGCUCGACGGAUGGGACUUUUGAAUUAACCGUCCGGAGCAGCGACGGUGUCCACGGUUCAGUAAGCAACACGGCCAGAGUCCUCUUCAUGGGCUUCACCAAUGCCACGGUGGACAACAGCAUACUCAUUCGACUCAACUCCCAAGGAGUCAAACACUUCCUCACGAACCACUACCUCAGCUUCCUACGCAUUGCCAACUCUCAGCUAGCAGGACUAGGCACGGGGGUGCUUCUCUACGGAGCGUUUGAGCUCAACAAUCAGACUUUCCUGAUGGCAGCUGUGAAACGGGGCCACGGACAAUAUGUCAACCCCAGCGGCGUGGCCACAUUCUUCCAGAGUAUCAAAGACAUUUUACACAGGCAGAGCGGGGUGCAAAUAGAUGCGGUGGACCAUGAUCCUUGCACACACAACCCAUGCCAGAACGGAGGCAGCUGCAAGCGGCGUCUCAGUGUCGCGCCCGAUAUGAAGACAGAGGAAAGUGUCCCAGUGAUCCUCGUUUCCAACCACCCCCUGCAGCCCUACGCCUGCAGCUGCAGGCCGGGCUACACGGGGGCUCUGUGCGAGACGGACAUUGACGAGUGCCAGCCGUCGCCCUGCCACAACGGCGGCACCUGCCACAAUCUGGUGGGAGGCUUCUCCUGCACCUGUCCCGAGGGUUUCACCGGCAUGGCCUGCGAGAGGGACGUCAACGAAUGCCUCUCCAAUCCCUGCAAGAACGGGGCGCUGUGCCAGAACUUCCCCGGCGGCUUCAACUGCCUCUGCAAAUCUGGCUUUGCAGGCAGAACGUGUGAUUCCAUCAUCAAUCACUGUGAGUGUAACCCAUGUUUUAAUGGUGGCUCCUGUCAGAACCGGGUGGAUGGAUAUUACUGUCACUGUGCGUUCGGGGUUUUCGGCAAACACUGCGAACUCAACAGCUACGGCUUCGAGGAGCUCUCCUACAUGGAGUUUCCCUCUCUGGAUCCCAACAACAACUACAUAUACAUUAAGUUCGCCACGCUGCAGAGCGACGCGCUGCUCAUGUACAACCACGACAACCAGACCGGGGACAAGGCGGAGUUCCUGGCGCUGGAGAUCUUCGAGGGACGGAUGCGCUUCUCCUUCAACCUCGGCAGCGGAACUUACAAGCUGAUGACCAUGAUGAAAGUUGCAGACGGCCAGUUCCACACGGUCAUCGCCAGGAGAGCUGGGAUGGCUGCGUCCCUGACCGUGGACCUGUGUGGUGAAGACCAGGAGCCAGGUUACUGCGCUGUGAGCAACGUGGCAGUCCACACCGACUGGAUCCUGGACGUGCAGCCCAACAGGCUCUCGGUGGGAGGCGUCAGGUCAAUAGAACCCGUCCUUCACCGCCGCGGUCAGAUCGCCACCCACGACUUUGUCGGCUGCAUCAUGGAGUUGGCCGUCAACGGCCGCCCGCUGGAGCCCAGUCAGGCGCUGGCAUCGCGUGGCAUCCUUGACAGAUGUCCGAGGCUGGAAGGCGCCUGCACCGCCAGCCCCUGCAGACACGGGGGAACCUGCCUGGACCGCUGGUCCUGGCAGCAGUGUCAGUGCGUGGACGGGUUCACCGGCAAGUUCUGCGAGAAAUACAUCACGGCGGACACCGCGCUGUCCCUGGACGGCACCGGCCGGCUGGAUUACUCGCUGAAGCCGGGCCCGAAGCGCGACGUCCUGCUCCGACGGGCGCUGCAGGGCGCGUCCUCCUCCUCUGACGCCGACGCCGCCGCCGCCGGGCCCAGCAGCCUGGAGGUCAAGUUCAGGACGCGCAGCAAGAGCGGCACCCUGCUGCACGUGCAGGAGAGCAGCAACUACACAACGGUGAAGCUGAGGAACGGCAACAUCCACUACAUCUCGGACGCGGGCGUCGGUGGCAAGGUGGAGCGCACCGUGGGCGACGCCGUGCUGUCGGACGGCCAGUGGCACACGCUCCAGCUGCUCAAGAACGGCUCCGCCACCGUGCUGCAGGUGGACGGCGGCCACCCCAGGGUCAUCCAGCACGCCACGCAGGACUUCGGGGGUCUCGGCGUCUUGACCUUCUCCCUCGGAGGGAUCCCGCCCGGGCCCGCCCAGCAGAAGACUGCGGCAGGUUUCGACGGCUGCUUGGCCUACGUGAGGUACAACCGGGAGAACCUGCCGUUCACCGGGGAGCACGGCCUCGUCACCUUAACCAAGACCAGCUCGUCAGUCAAGAUCGGCUGCAGGGGUCCCAACCUCUGUCAGAGCAGUCCGUGCUGGGACGGCCUGAUGUGCGUCAACCAGUGGUACACGUACCAGUGUGUCCCUCCGGGCGACUGUGCCUCCAAUCCCUGCCAGAACCAAGGCAGCUGUGUGCCGGACGCCCGCGCAGGAUUCACCUGCGUCUGCUCCGAGUUCUACACGGGAAAGACGUGCGAGACCUUGGUGGCCUGUCUGGGCGUCCAGUGUCCUCAGGGCACCGUCUGCAAAACAGCCAACAACGGCGGGUUCGUGUGCAGCCCCAGCCCCACGGCGGAGACGAUGGUCCUCCCCAUCUGGGCGGUGCCAGCCAUCGUCGGCAGCUGCGCCACCGUGCUCGCCUUCGUGGUCCUCGGCCUGAUCCUGUGCAACCACUGCAGGGGCCGCAACAAGACCAAAGUGCCAAAGGAGCCAAAGGAGAAGAAGCCCAAGGAGAAGAAGAAAAAGAAGAAGAAGGGCAGCGAGAACGUGGCGUUCGACGACCCCGAUAACAUCCCGCCGUACGGAGACGACAUGACGGUACGGAAGCAACCGGAAGGGAACCCCAAACCGGACAUCAUCGAGAGGGAGAACCCUUACCUCAUCUACGAUGAGACAGACAUUCCCCACAACAAUGAGACCGUCCCCAGUGCCCCCUGCGCCCCCUGCAACGGCCCGGAGGCGGAUAUUGAACACUACGACAUCGACAACGCCAGCAGCAUCGCCCCCUCGGACGCAGACAUCAUCCAGCACUACAAACAGUUCCGUAGCCACACGCCCAAGUUCUCCAUACAGAGACACAGCCCACUGGGCUUCGCCAGACAGUCGCCCCUGCCGCUCGGAGCGACGAGCUACAACUACCAGCCUCAGUACACGCAGGCGCUGAGAUCCACGCCUCUCAGCCACUCCCACUCAGCCUGCCCCACCCCCAACCCGCUGUCCAGACACUCCCCCGCCCCGUUCACCAAGCCCUCGUCCUUUUACCGCAACACUCCGACCAGGGAACUCAACCUGGCUCGCCGCGACGGCAGCCCGCUCGACUUGCACAACGACAUGUGCCAGCCACCGCCCAUGUUCAACUACGCCACCCGGCUGGGGAGGCGCAGCAAGAGUCCGCAGACCAUGGCCAGCCACGGCCACACCUCCAGGCCCGGCAGUCGGCUGAAGCAGCCGAUCGAGCAGAUCCCGCUGGAGACGGGGCCUCCCGUGGGGCUGUCCAUUGAGGAGGUGGAGCGGCUGAACACGCCGCGCCCGCGCAACCCCAGCAUCUGCAGCGCCGACCACGGGCGCUCCAGCUCCGAGGAGGACUGCCGCCGGCCUCUGUCGCGGGUCCGCAACCCCGCAGACGGCAUCCCGGCCCCGGAGUCCUCUUCGGAAAGUGACUCUCACGACUCCUUCACCUGCUCGGAGAUGGAGUACGACCGGGACAAACCGGCCGCGUACAGCUCCCGCGUGCCCAAGCUCUCGCAAGUCAACGAGUCGGACGCCGACGACGAGGACUACGGCGGGCGCCUCAAGCAGAGGCGUUACUCGAGUCGGCGGGCAGAGGGAGGGCCCGGUGUUUCCCAGAUGCCCCCCGGCGACCAGCACUACACCCUGCCCCACAAACUGGGCCAGCCAGCCGGGGGCUUCAACUGGGACAAUCUGUUGAACUGGGGCCCCGGCUUCGGACAUUACGUCGACGUGUUCAAGGACUUAGCCCUGCUGCCCGAGAACGCGGCGGCGAAAGACAUUGAAAUGAACAGUGGGGACGGUUCGGUGACCAUUCUAAACGAAGGAGAAGCCGAGCAAUAUGUAUGAGACUGUAUUUAUUAUGAUGUUGUAGAAUAUGGUGAUGUUCUCCAUUUAAAAAAGAAAAGAAAAGGAAGACUGUAUAUUUCAAGAGAGCAUUGGACUCCAUGUGUUUCUUACAUAAUUCAUAAAUAAUAAGACGACUUUCAAUGCAGUAAGGCAGAAAAAAAUGGCACCUGUAUCGUGACAGACUUUGUCAUCGGCCGCCUUGGAACAGUUUACCAGUCUUUUUCCUUAGGUUCCGAACUUCGACUGAACAACCGUGCGUUCAUCUCUCCGGAGCCUCAUUACAACGAAAUCCAUUGACGCCGCAAAAAAAAAAGAGAGAGAGAGAAGCAAGAAAUCCCCGUCUGAAUUCAAUUUAGCGACUGCAAAGCUCCGCUCACGUUUUAUCUUGAUCAAACAUUUUUCUGUUCCGUAUUAACCGAUAUUGCCCCCCCCCGCAAAAUUUAAAAAACACCUGUCACAUUCACAGCUGAGAGAUGAGGAGGGUCGAUAACGUUAACACUCGCAGGGAAGAGAAAAAAUUCCAACGGGGCCGUGAAAGCAAACGACCCCCGGUGUCUGUCUUUUUGUUUUAGGGCUCAUUUUUUUCCCGAUGUCGCCCCGGGAUUCGCAGACCCUCGCCGGUGUUACGACCCCGUUUCCCUCCGGACUGUGUCCGUGCCCCCGGCGUGUUUUCUCACAGAAGACUGGCUAAAUGCUCCAAGAGUGGGGAUCAAUUACGUCUCCUGCCUUACAGACAUUUGAGGAUUUCAGUUCUUGGGGGUGGGGGUGGGGGUGGGGGGGGGACUUCUCCGGCCUAAGUUUCAGUCGGAGAGGAGUCUUGUUUUCAUCUAUCUUUGGGAAGGGGUUUGUGGGCGGUGGGCUGUAAGUGUUGUCUGUCACGCAUUUGCAUUUUCUGACAAGCCAAGUGUUGUUUUUUUUCUUCCCGACGACGACAAUGAUGAUGAUGAUGAUGAUGAUGAUAAUGUUGAUGAUGUAUGAUGAUGAUGAUCGUAUAAACGUGACCCCAACUAAAAACACUAUGAAACUUGUGUACAUUUUAUUUUUAAAAUUUCAUGAGAAAUCAUGGAGUCAUCCGUCGUAUUGGUCGUCCAUGUAUGGUUUCUACAUUUUUGUUUUUGUACUGUUUAUUAACUUAAAUUACUUAAGCUGUGUUUUUAUGGAUAUUUUCAUAUGCUGAAAUGUGUGUACGUUUGUUUUCUUACUUUCGGGGAAAGUAAGACUGAAGACUUAUUUUUUACAUUUUGUUACAUAUGUAACAUCAGUAUUUUCCACUUUUUUGAUAAAACUAUAACAUGCUGUAUGCUUUGUACCUGUAAAAAGCCAAUAACAGAAUAAAAAAAAAAAGUAUUUAUUUAAAA